AUGACGAACCCAACAUUCGUAUUCUCCCUGGGUGCCUGGGUCCUCCCAGCCGUCUUUGAUGCUACCCGCUCCCGUCUGGAAACCCUCGGAUUUCCCUCCGAGUGCCCCGCGCAUCCUUCAAUUGGCGCUGAGCCGCCUUCUAAGACUCUAGCUGAUGAUAGUACCUCCCUACGCAAUGUGUUGACGAGGCUUGCAGACGAGGGGCGCGACUUGGUUGUGGUUGCACACUCCUAUGGCGGCGUGGUUGCUUCCUCGUCUGUCGAAGGACUGAAUAAAGCUGCUCGUGCGGCUGAGGGCAAGACUGGCGGUGUUGUGAAGGUUGUAUACCUGGCUGCAUUUGCCCUAGACAAGGGUCAAAGCUUGUUGGGUAUGCUGGGAGGAAACUAUCUACCCUGGAUGAAGGUCGAGGGUGAUCACGUCCUGGCAGAUGGUGCCGGAGAGGUUGGCUGGCAGGAUAUUUCUGUCGAGGAGCAGGAGAAGUGGAACGCGCUGGCAUCACACACCUCGCGUGCUGUAUUCUCCGGCGAGUCCACUUAUGAGCCUUGGGUCGACAUCGCCUGCGCGUAUAUUAUCUGUGAGCAGGAUCGUGCCCUGCCACCCCCAUUCCAGGAACUAUUUGCUUCUAAGAUGGGUGGGCCGGAAAACACUUACCGGCUGCCUAGCUCGCACUCGCCCUUCCUGAGUAUGCCGGAUCGUCUGGCCGAGGUUCUGCAGCAGAUCGUUAAGGCAUGA